AUGGAACUUCCGUGUCGAGAUCCGAGCAAGUGGUCCGAACCCCAGCGCGAGCUCCAGAUCAACUGCAGCGCUUUGACGGGGAACAUCAGCUGCUGUCCGUCAGGGACCGAAGAACCCGUGGACGGAUGGAUUUUCGAUCGCACUUACGUGAAAGUCAUCCUCGCCAUAGCCUACACCCUCGUCUUCUGCUGCUGCUUCUUCGGUAACCUGCUGGUGAUCUGCGUGGUGAUCCUGAACCGACGCAUGCGCACCAUCACCAACUUCUUUCUCACCAACUUGGCGGUGGCCGACCUGUGCGUAUCCAUGUUCUGCGUCUACCAGAACCUCUUUUUCUACCUGACGCCACACUGGGUGUUCGGAGACUUCCUGUGCCGCAUGUAUUUCUUCGUCCACGGGCUCAGCUACACGACUUCCAUACUCAUUUUGACCGUCAUCUGCGUCGAGCGCUACAUCGCCAUCGUGCAUCCCAUGUGGAACAAACAGGUGGUGACAUUGACGAGGCUGAGAGUGACCAUCGUGACCGUAUGGUUUGUUAGUGCCGCAUACUGCAGCCCGCGCAUCAUCAUGUACGGCACCGUCGAAGCCACUGUGGACGACAAACGCGAGGCUCUGUGCGUCCUCCAGAGGGCGCUGUAUGACUCCAUGACCUACGACUUGGUGAACUUUGUCGUGUGUUUUCUGGUGCCGCUGAUCAUCAUCACCGUUCUGUACACCAUCAUCUGCUACGAGCUGUGGCACAGCCAGGCCAUCGUGUCCCAUCCGCAGAACCACAUGUCCAAAACCAGCAACAAUCAUCACCCUCCGGCACACGGUGGCGGUGCCACCACUCCUGCACUGUGCCGGUCAUGCUCGGAGAGCGAGUCGCCGCCAUCCGUGAAGAAGCUGGAAUACGCUCAAACAUUGGUGACGACGAAAAAAAGCCCCAAGGACCUGACGUCCACCGAAACGAGGACAGUACCCUACCUCACCCCUGGGCAAGGGUACGACGAAGGGACGCAGUUGAGUCGCCAGUCCAGCUGCAAUCGCUGCAGUCGCGUGAGCACUCCUCCUCGCAAGCAGGCAACCAAGCCUUUUCACUACGUGAACAACGCAGCCAUGUCAGCACUGAAGCCUCGUCGCAAGGUCAUCCGCCUUCUGGUGGCCGUCGUUUUGUGCUUUGCCGUCUGCAACCUUCCGUUCCACGCCCGCAAGCUGUGGCAGCACUCCAAGGAGUACAACGGAUCGAGUACAGCGGCGGCCAUUCUCACAGUCGUCACCAACCUAGUGUUGUACCUCAACUCUGGCAUCAACCCGUUCCUUUACGCACUUUUUUCCAAAAACUUCCGGCAGUGUAUGGCCGACGUGCUGUUCUGUCGGAGCCAUAAGUUGCGCUACAGGAAUCGCUCGUCCUUCAAUGUUAGGUCCAGGUCCCUGAACUCUGCGGCUACUCCAGCAGCACCCCAAGCUCAUCUUACUCACGGUGGACACCAGGCGGCGGCUCUGCAGCAUUUGUGA